GCUAUUUCCAGAAUGGCUACGGACGCAAUGGACAUCUCCACGCCGCCAUCAACCACCUAUUCGCAAAGCCCAUCUUCUCCUGCGCGGAAGCGUCACUCUGCCAAUAUGUCCAUCGAUCUGUCGGAUCUGCCACCACUUUCACAGCCCACGCCACCAAGCAAUACGCUCCUUAUAACCAAUCUGGAAGCGCCGGAAAUAUUCACGGCAGCGAACCUUGACAGUAUACAACGAGCCAUCAACGAACAUGCUCCGUUGCAUACAUUCUCACCUCUCAAGAGCAUGCGGCGAAUCAUUUGCACCUUCUUCACCGUCGAAGAUGCGACGGAAAUCAGAAAGGUAUUGGACGGUGAGAAUGUCCUCGGCCACAGAGUGAGGGUGUACUUUGGUCACGCGACAAAGAUCGACGUUGCAGACGAGGAACGGUAUCUCCAGGCGCCAAAGAGUCAGAAGCUGUUCUUCAUCUCGCCACCACCUAGUCCGCCAAUGGGCUGGGAGAUGCGGAACGAGGAGCCACCGAACAAAGACGUGCAUGCGGAGGAUCUUGCGGCGGCUUUGCGGAAACUGCACGCUAGACCGGCGGCAGACGAAGCGCUCAAGCAAGACGAGGUCGGCAAUUUCCAGGCUUUGCCCAAGCUGCAAACACGACACCGUUCGGGCACUGGGACGAUUGUGUAUGAUCCUGAGGAUCACGGUCAUAGUCCGGCUUUACCGGCGAUUGCGGUGGAGGAUCUCAGCGACAGUCCUGGAGAUACGAGCCCAAUGGAUGGCGAAGGCGUAAAGUUCACCCGAACUUCCCGUCCACCGGUUGAGCUGAUGGAGCAUUGAGUGGAAUCUUUAGCGACGUAGCUCGGCAGCUUUCACCAUGUUGCGUCGGAAGCGGCAAAUAACCUUGAACGCAUUGCAUCCCGGAGGACCCCCAGUACCUUCCUCACUCUCUCACUUAUUUCCAACUGUGCGCAAGAUCCGUAUUCGACGUCAGUGCCGCUCUAUUCAAGAUGAGGCACAGCAUGCAGCGGUUGGCAGAGCACGAGCCACGGCUGCAGCAGAAUUUUCAAAUGCAUCCAAACGUUCAGAGCCCACGGUGCGCUUGCUCACAGAGGCAGUGACUGCGAUGAAUUCCACGAGCACAUCCGUCAUGCAGGUUAUCGUCACCAGCUACCUUGUCGGCACAGUGCAUACAUGUGCUUGUGGGUAACUGAGAUGUCCCACGGCUGGCAUCAAACACGCGUUGCAUCGCCAUGAUGACUCUGAUGCUUGCCGCAACGCGAAU